AUGGGCCCAUGUGCCACCUUCGUCGCAUUGCUGGCGCUCGGUAUAUACCUAAACUUCCUGGUGCAGUUUUCCAAGGUGCAAACUCUGCAUGCAAGCGAGGCUCCCGUGGCGAUGUGGCAGCGGCACCAGAAUGAGGAACUCCCCGAACGGGUGCGGGGCAUUCUUUGGAUGCGAGGCAACACCUGCCCGGAGCUGAUGUUGACCCUAGAAGCCGCUACUUUUGACAAGGCAAGUCGAGAACUUCUCCUUCCGUUUGGAACCGGGUAUAGCUGGACCUACAAUGAUGACUUUGCGGGUUGGCUGGAGUAUGGAGCAGUGACGCUGAACCUGGCCUUCUUGAGCCCCGGAAAGCUGAGGGUCGUCUUCGACGAGGACUUUAGGUUCGGAACGGUGCAGAUCUCCUUUCUUGGCAUGGGCUUGUCGGGCCAUCUAUGGGGUAUGAACAACACGGAUGAUGGCGUCGGAAACUUCUGGGACAGAGUAUUUUGGGAUGAUGGCAAGUGGCUUUUCAGGUAUGACAUCAAGAAGGUCCUUGAUGCGGACGGUAAGAAGCUGCCGGCACAAUCACAGAUGGUGAACUCCACGCUCGCCGGAACUGUGGUGCACGGGUCCUCUUGCGGUGUCACGACCCAGGUGAAAACCUACAGGCAGCUGCUUCAUGGAGAUUUCUCGCUGCUUCAGAUCUUCUUAUCCCUGAUCUUCUUUGCUCUUUGGUUCGGCCUGGCCUAUUUCUGCUUCAAGGACGGCACGAAGGCACCAUACGAGACUUUCGCUACGUGCAUCCUCCAGCACUACGCGUUGAGUGAAAUCUACGUCAACAAUUCUGCAGGAAGUGCCGUAGCAGAGAUCGUCGCCGAGCGCCUUCCCCAGAUCCUGCGUCAGCUGCCGGAGUAUGCACGAGGUGAGUACCAGGAGGCGCUCAAGCAGGCAUUCCUCGAGCAGGACGGUGCUGACCAUGUCGCAGCCCGAUCGCACCAAAUUUUGUCACGCAAAGUUGCUAAACCUCUGCUCUUCAACUUAGCGCUUUUCGGAUUCGGCUGGGGCGGCUCUUUCUUGGUGGCGGCUUCGGGCUGGGGCUGGGGAACUGGGCGGGAGGAGGCAGAUGGGCAAGGUAAGGCACCGGAAAGCAGCUGCGGGUUGGGGAGGGGCAGAGAGGGAGAGCUGGCCGGUGGGGGCAGGGAGCAGGGGCAGAGAAGGAGAGCUGGCUGGGGCUGGGGUGGAGGCUGGCGGGCGGCUGGGGCUGGGCAGGGAGAGCUGGCGGAGGCGGGCGGCUGGGGCUGGGGGUGGAGGCUGGUGGGGGCGGGCGGCUGGGGCUGGGCUGCGAGCUGGCUGGGAACCGGGUUCGUGUCUGCGGCCGACAUACCGGAUGACGAGGAUGAAGACGAGGAGGAGAGUGCUCAGCACCGCGUCAGCUUUGACCAGGAGGAGCUCGAAGUACAAGCGUCUCCUAGUGCUCCGCGUAAAGGAACCGGGUUCGUGUCUGCGGCCGACAUACCGGAUGACGAGGAUGAAGACGAGGAGGAAGAGGCUGCCAAUGCGUACGAAGAUGAUUACUCGGCACCAUCGAGUAGAGGCUCGGGAGUCGACUCCCCGCGAGCUGCCACCGAGUCGAUCGGCGAUGACGAGCCUCGCAAACUCCCGGAGCCGGCGCAGGCGACCGUGACCUCGGAUCACUACGACGAAGACUUCGACGACGACUUCGAGGAGCAGGCGGAGGAGGAGGAUGGCCCUCAGGAACGGCAGGCUGCCGGCGUUGCAGAAGACCCAGCGAACGACGAUGGGAGCGACGACGACCUGGCCACCGCUCCCACAACGGUCCGAAGUGGUGCUUCACCGACGACCGGAGCUUCCGAAUCCGCUUAUGACGAGUAUGAGGAGCCCUUUGAAAGCGGGGAGGAGACCGCGGAGGGGGACCCCACGGCAGGACAGCCCUCUCCAACGUCGAACAGCGAGUGGUCCGAGAAGGCAAGCCUCCCAUCAGCGCAGGCAUAG